CGUCUCAUUGUUUGGGGAGAUUGUGUGUUGUGAUUUGAAUAAAUUAAAGAAGAUACCCAAAAAUUCGCAAUAAAAAGAAUAUCAGUAUCGUUUUGAUAGUGUAGGAAGUUCAACUGAAGUGGAAGUUGUAGAAAAAUAUCCGACUUAAUACAGAAAUCCAGCUUUUAUAGUCGCACACUGUAACCAUGAAGAUAAAUGAGAACCUACAAAUAGUCGGAAGCAACGUGGUUCUGGUGCCAUACGAAAGUAAGCACGUUGAGAAAUAUCACCAGUGGAUGCAGAACGAAGAACUACAACAGUUGACGGCAUCCGAUCCUCUAUCCCUGGAUGAGGAGUACGAAAUGCAAAAAUCUUGGCGCGAGGACGACGAUAAAUGUACUUUUCUUAUUCUCGACAAAGCCAAGUUAGAGCAAACGGAUGAUGAAAUCCAAGCUCUAAUAGGUGAUACCAAUAUAUUUCUACUGGCCGAUGAAGAAGGAUACAGCGAAAAAACAGGAGAAAUCGAGAUCAUGAUUGCCGAGCAACCAGCCCGGGGGAAGCGUUACGGUUGGGAAUCCACUCUUUUAAUGCUCCUAUUUGGGAUGACUUACCUGCACAUCCACAACUACAGGGCGAUAACGAAAGAUACCAAUAUCAAGGCGAUGCAGAUGUUUAAAAAAAUGGGAUUUAACGAAGUCAAACGAGUUCCAGUUUUUCAAGAGGUCACAUUUGAACGAUUAGUGGACGAUGCAUGGGUCGAAUGGAUGAGGAAGGAAGUUUCUUACCAAAUUAAACCAUAUCAGCGCUAGUGGCUUUAGUUUAGUGAAAGAUUAUUCUUAUAUUUAAAUCGUUUCUAGUCUUUAUAAUUCCUCGCUACUUUGCCCCGGUUUAGUCUCUUGUUUUCGAAUGAUGUUUAACCUAAUCAGAGCUAUUACAUGUGCUUGGUAGCGGCACUCUUUAAAUUACAUAUUACGAUACAAUCCUUACUAAUAGCACAAUAGUUGUUUACUCGGUUAAGCCCCGUUUCUUUUAGCUAUAUUUGGCAGAUUAUUACAUUUUCCUUUUCUUAGUUAGUUCGACCUACAUCAAUUGGUUCAUCAAUGAGCGCGAAACCAAAUGUAUCAUCAGUGUGAGUAGAAAAUUGCAUUACUCCCAUGCGCGUCGUUUAGACAUAAAUACUCAAAUAAGCUGUUUUCAAAAAAAAAAAGGUGAAUGGUACUAGUCUACUAGUAGUGAUGGUUCGAUCGGUCAGUUUCUCCUACUUACACGACGUAAAUUAUAUGCAUCUUGAGCAAAAAUCAGUAAUCUAAUUGGGUACUUCUAAGUUCAUUCUGUUUUAUUUGGUGAAAAAGCUAGACGCUAAAAUAAGCUACUUCAUUCGGAAUAAACUAGGUGGAUUGUUUUUUUGUGUUUAACUAGACAAACAGGCGAUCCAUUUCAAUAAAAGUGCAAAGUUUGAACCGUUUCUCAACACAAAUAUGAGUUGAAAUUAUUUUGGUUGCUUACGCAUAUGCUAUUUGUGUUUUUACAGUACAAUUUAAUUAUAUUUGUCUAUCUACUUGAUUAUCGUCUAUUGGAUAUUAUGGUAGCCUAAAAAUGUACACACGCAUCUCUUGUUUUGUUUAUAUGAUCAAUUGAUUUUUUCUUCUCAGAUCCAGUUUGUGUUGCCGUAUUUGUUUCAUAUUGUUUGGUUCCGUUUAUCAUAAAUUCACAGGAAAAUAAGCAAGCAUUGCAUUGCUUUUGAAA